CCUGCAUUCAGAGUUGUCGCCCCUUUAAUGCAUUUUAUUGACGAGUGUUUUUAUUUGAUGUUAUUAUAUCUACACGCCUGACAUGUUGAAUCCACUGACAGACACAUGGGAUGAUUAUUCUGCACAGCACUGGACCAAGAUCAUUUACAUUCACCAAAAUUCCGAGAUGUUCCGAAAAAGUCUACCUAUAAAAUGAAGAUAUGAGUUAUAAAAUAUGUAGACACCAUUUGGAGAUGUUCUUAGCAAGUCUUCAGAUAAAGGGACAGUGACAGGACAACCAAGGCAUCAAGCCACAACAAUGUAUUCCUUUAUGAACAGAACACAGGAAUUGUUAAACAUUCAAACGAUGAGCUGCCAGACUUAUGGACAUAUCAGCAGUUUAUGAGGCAAAAUUUUAUGAAUGUGGUUAAAUUGCUGUGUCUUUGGCUGGUGUGAGUUUGCCAGGCAUUCAGCAAGAAAAUAAAGUGUAUAGGGGUUGCUGAAUGCUGAGAAAUGAGUUGCUGAACAUUGAGAAAGAAUUUAGAAAACACUGAGAAAUAAGUUUUUAAACAUGAAGACAUGAUUUAUUAAACAUCAAGAAAUUAGUUACUAUUUAUUUAGAAAUUGGUUGUGCCACAUUGAGAAAUAAGUUACAAGAACGUUCAGAAAUAGUUACUAAAUACUAAGUAAUAAAAAAAUAAAUAAAUGUACAUUGAAAAAUGAAUAAACAUUUAGAAAUGACUUUCAGGCAUUGAGGGAUAUAGGACAUUCACAAAUGUGUCUCUGGGCAUUUGGAAAUUAUUUUCUAAACAUAUAGAAAUGUAUCAUUAAGCAUAAAGAAAUGAAUUUUUAAAUGUUUUUUUUAGACACUUAGAAAUGUGUGUGAUUCACAUGUCAGAAGUGGACCUGAUACUUUUAAAAUCAAAAAUGUUUUCAGCUUCCAAGUGCUCCUAACAUCAAGCUAUGUCGGUUGUUCGUAAACUAAUUGAUCUUGACUUCCUGGCAAGAGAGUUACGUAAACAUGGCAAGGUUCUUAGUAGAUGUGACGAGUGCAGUCGCUUGUUUACGGAUGUUCAGAAAGCCAUGCUGCAUCGCAAGGUUCACACAGCUGUGACAAUUCUCCUUCCCAGGACACUGACAGACAAACACAAAUACGAAGUUGAUGUUGUUAAGAAGGAAGGUUCUGCAGCAGCUGCAGCAGCAGCAGCACCAAGACCAGUCCUCAGUAUUGGAGAGACCUCGCAUGACAGUGGCCAUCUUGACUACAACUUCAUCAUGCAGGCUUUAGCUAAUGCCAAUGAAACAAUGACAUUUGGUGAUUUGGAAAAGUUGAGUUUUGCAAAUUCUGAGAAGAAGAAUUCUCAUGUUGAGCGGGCAGGUCUCAGUACAGAGGAAACUACAUGUGUGAGUUCUCCCUUUGAUGAAUGUAGGUCUCCAAGAUCAAAUAUUAACACUAGAGUGGAGACAGUUAGUUCAUCAGACAGAACUGCAACUGUGCAUGUUUCAGAUAAAGACAAAAACAGAACAUGUAGUUAUUUACAGCCUGGCAGUCAUCCAACAGCUUUACACCGGAAACCAACAUCCAGUAGAUCCUACAAGACUGGUGUAGACUGUAACACAGGUCAACAUGUGAGGCCGUCACCUUUUCCAACUUGUCUCCAAAAUUCACCAGAAUCACCUGCACAGAAUCAUAAACGUCUGGACUCGUUUGGAGGAAACAGCCCUGCUGUUGAGUUACUAGAUAGCUUGGAUUUCAGUUCUGCUAAUCUAGUAGAGCAAACAGCAGGUUCACACCAAUGGCAGCAACAACCAUCAUUCAUCCACGAUCCAGAUCAGGAGCAUCUUGUGCAACAGAUAAUGGGAGGAUCAAGUUUUUUGCAGCUGCUUAACGAACCUCUGGAUGAGUCAUUUGAUGACUUGUACAAUUAUAAGAGCUCUAGUUCUUACCCAGACCACCACAAUACAGAAAUAAACUCCCAGGGCAGCAGUUCUUGUACAGAUAAUCAUAAUACAGAAAUACAUUCACCGAGAUACAGUCUUCGUCGAGGAUUUCACCCACAUACCUCAGAGUUUCACCCUCAGAACUUGAAUACAGAAUCCAGCACAUACAGCUGCAACAACCAGACUGUUGCCUCCUCUUAUCAGGACACGCCAGUUCUGACACAUAACACUUUAAAGAUAAAUAAAAGUUUUUCCUCAGGCUGUAAUCUAUCCACUCAGUCUAAAAUUAGUCGGCAGAGUGUGACACCAAGUGGUGAUGCUUCAACUGAUGUUUUUAACUUCACUGGGAAUAAAUCUAUACAUUCAACGAAAGAUGGUCUCUCCAAAGAGAAAGCUCAAAGUGCAAAUCUUAAUAAUAAAGAAACGCAAAUUGCUGGUGAAGUGACUACCAACGAUGGGUCAUCAGCUUCAGGGAAAGAUCCUUAUAGUAAAUCCAUUAUCAGUCUGUCACUGUUCCCUUGUAAACACUGCAGCUUGACAUUUCAGACGUUUUCAGAGCUGAUCCACCACACGUCAGACUCGCACAACGUUGUCAUCAGCAAGUGUUCCAAGUGUGGUCAGAUUUUCUACGAUGCUGACGCGGUCAAGAAGCAUCUGCUGAUCCACAAACCUAUCGUGCCUCUCGACUUGAGUCCCUCGGAAAGAAGAACCGGAAAGCUUGUCCAGCGUUGUCAGGUGUGCUGGCAGGAGUUCCAAAACGUUUAUAAGUUACGAUCGCACAUGAUGUCCCACCCAGUCCCAUAUGUGUUCACUCCGGAGAGUCUCUCGUAUCCCACGGCAGAUGAAGCUAUUCAGUUAGUUACAAAACCAAGUAUUGCAGUUGACUACGAUUCAUUAUCCAAUAAAAACGAUGUGGCUAAACAGAGCAGUGUUGCUAUUAACUGCGAUUCGUUAUCCGAUAAAAGUGAUGUGUCAAAACAAGACAUAGGUCAAUGUAAAACGAAGAAGGUAAAGAAAAAACGAAAGAGGAAGACUAAACCAAUAGCUCCUGAAUUAGUAGAAAGAGAGAAACGGGUAAAGAUGACUGACGAUGAAGAAGGAAAAGUUAUGAAGCUAAAACUGAGAUCUAGUAGAAAAAAGAAUCUUUGAAUAAAGAAUAUAAAGACCAAA